UAUGAUCAAUCUAACUUUUAGUCAUUUAUUAACUGUCUUUGAAAUACCUAUAAGGAAAGAAUUAGUAACGAUUUUGGAACCAAUUCCCGGCUACAAAUUAUAUUCAAGCUGUAACUGUUUGGCAAAAGGUGUAUAUGUAAACUUACAAUGUGUAAUUGAUAAGAGAAUAAUUGCUGAAAUAGUUAAAAAAUCAACUGAACGUGAGUUAAAUUGGACAGAUAGUUCUGGAAACAAUCUAAAAGCUUUUGAAAUUGCUGAUAUUUUCUCAAUACAAAAACCCGAAAUGAAGUGGAUGAAAAAAAAAAGUCAGAAAUGGAAACAAAUUCCAUCGGGCAGUUUGGUACUUUCUUUUACUAUCUAUCCUUUAGAAAGUAUGAAAGCUAGAGAAAAAUGUACAAAAAAUUACUCAUCAGUACAAAUAGAUCCUAAUUUUCAAAACAUCUACACUGAAUAUUUAAAAGCAAAUUACUAUACAAAGAAAGAGUUUAGGAAAUUCGAAGAAUUUAUUGAAGAAACUGGUGAUGGGGGAAAGAGUUGGUUUUCGAAACUUUACUGCUUAGUAGUAGAAUAUUUUAAAAUUCCUCUUAAUACUUUUAAAAAGAAAAUAAAAUAUUCUUUGACACAAAACGUCUUUCAAGAGCAUUCAAAUAGAGAUAGUUCAGAUGAUUUCUAUUGCGGAGCAGGAAGCGAGUUCGAUCCUUUUGUUUUAAUUUGCAUACCGUGUAAGCCAGGAUAUUAUCGAAGUCCUACAGAUUUACAUGAAAAGUUUUGUAGAAAAUGUCAACCGGGUUCGUACUCGGAUGAGUAUGGUUCUAGGAAAUGCAAGAAAUGCGAAAAUAAACUUUAUGCUAUCGAAGGUUCGGACAGCAAGUUCCAUUGUAAAAUUCGUGUUAAUGAUUCCGAGGUAUUUCCAAAAUGGCAUAGAAAAAGUAAUGAGCCAAUUGAUCUGGGAAAAUAUACGAAAUAUAUAAAUGACGAAUAUUUCAACUCUGAAGAAUUUUUUCAAGAUUUUAAAACGGAACAUACUGCUAAGAAUAAAAGGAGCUUAAAUUUAAAUCUUGAGGGUGAAAGUGCUGUUAUUAUGGCUGAAGCUCUCCAAUCGCAAAUUAUUAAAGGACUCAACGAUUUAUGGAGGAAUGAAUUAUUGACGGAUUAUGUAAUAAUAGUUUGCUAUCCUGGAGAAACUACAAGAUCAAUAAACUGCCAUAAAACCGUAUUAUACGGUAUCAGUGGGUAUUUUAGAACUAUAUUUCAAUCACAGUUUAAAGAUGGAAGAAAUAAUGUUGGCAGAAUGUCAUCAGAGAAUGUUUGUGCAAAUUGCAUUAUAGAUAUUUUAGGUUAUUCCUGCGGUUCUUCUGCAUUAAGGAUUAAUGGAGAUAAUUAUUUAAAUAUGUUAAAGACAGCAGAUUAUUUAGACAUUGCAUUGGUAAAGAAGAAAUGCAGUACAUUUCUGAUAGAGAAUUUGACCAUUGAUAAUUGUCUUGAAAUAUUGGCAGUUGUCGACUUAUACAAUUUAUCAGAUAACACUAAAAAUGAUUGUAAGGUAUUCAUAAUCGAAAAAUUUGUAACCUUAACAAAAAAGAAGACUAUUUAUUCAUUACCAUUUGCUAUGUUUGCUAGUCUGCUUGAAGUAACUUUAUUUGUACCUGAAGAAGGAUUAUCAGAAAUUUUUGUUAUUCGAACUAUCGAGAAAUAUAUAAACAAGAAAAAAAUAAGUGAAAAAUUAAGCAUUGAAAAAACAAAGGAAUACUAUCGAAAACUUUUUGAUCGUGUCAAAUUCAAUCUUCUCUCUCAAAGUGAUAAGGAGGCUCUAUUAAAAAAAUAUGAUCCAGAAGCGAAACCCCUACUAUUGGAAUGUUUUAACAAGACAUACGUUAAUUUUGUUCCUAGAGGUUUUGAAAUUGGAACCUUUACUCACGAGCCUUUAGCUGGAAGAAAUUUCAUAUCACACGAAGUUGACUGUUUUGAUGAUGAAGAUCGAACAGAUAAGCAAAGAAUAACUGGUUUGACUAUUUAUAUUCGGUUAUGGGAUAACCGUCCAGUUGUCGGAGGUCUGCUUGUCAAUUACGGUUCAAGUGUAAGUAAAUUACACGGAGGUAGGCAAGGAGAAAGCCAUUCUUUCGAUUUAGAUGAGGGUGAAGACAUUAUUGGAGUGAAGGCGAGAGAUGGUUGGCUGAUCGACUCUUUACAAUUCGAAACACCUAAAAGAAAAAUUGGACCUUUCGGCGGUCUUGGUGGAUCAUCCAAGCAGUGUUAUCCCAAUAAGAUAUUGAAGCAACCCUAUCUAUCAUUUCUUAGUGGGAAAGUUGUUUUCACGCAAGGAAAUCUAGCAAUUACACAUCUGAGAUUUCACUACAGAGGAUUCAAGAAACAUGGCCACAUGAGAUGA